AUGCAUUUCAACGCUUUCCUCCCCCCACUCACCUCCCGUCUCCCUCUGUCCUCCCACCCCCCUGCAACCUGCCAAUCACCCUUUCGGCCCAUGCCCCGCUCCCUCCGUCGCUCCACUCGUCCCGUCCCUACUCGCGUCCAGACCCCCGCAGCCACCCUUGACCAGACACCCUCCCGGUCCCCCUCUGUCACAAUUACCCCCACCCGCCGCCACCAACUCGCAAACUUUAUCCGUGCGGGCCCCGUCUUCCAGAAAGCUGGCCUUUUACUUCGCGAAGAGCCUGGAUGCACCACAGAACUCAAUGGCACCUGCCUCGAUGACUGGAUCGAGCUAGGCGCUAUCCUCGAAGAUGCUCUUGGAGAUCAGUCCAACGAUACCCGCGUUUACGAAUACUAUCUCCCGGUUUAUUUUUGGAUCCUUCGCGAACUGGACAUCCAUCAGGAUAACGUCCACGCACGAGGGCAAAAACAGCGCCCUUUCAUUCUUGGCUUUUGCUGCCCGCAGGGAGGUGGCAAGACCACCAUGACCACUUUCAUAGAGACGUUGCUCAAUCAGAUGGGGCGCACCGUCCAGGUCGCCAGUCUCGAUGAUUUCUAUGUCACGAAUGCUGAGCAACGCGCAAUUGCCUCAAAGCAUCCGUCCAAUCGCCUCUUACAGUACCGUGGCAUGCCGGGCACACACGACCUCGAGUUGCUCAACUCGUGUCUCGACGCGCUGCGAAAGGGCCGCCAGGUCUCCAUCCCACGCUACGACAAGACCGCCUUUGACGGUCGUGGUGAUCGCGCCCCGAAAGAGAACUGGAAGCAGGUUGGCGGAGGCGGCGUCGACGUCGUCUUGCUAGAGGGCUGGUGCUUGGGCUUCGAGCCCAUCCCCAUCGAUGGCCUUAUGGAUGAGGAUUUAGAGGUCGUCAAUGAUGCGCUGUGUGACUUUAUUAAGAUGUACACCAGGAUUGACGGCAUGUUUGUCAUCGAGAUUGCCAACAUGGAGUGGGUUUACGAUUGGAGGCUCCAAGCAGAGAGGGCCACGAUGGCGGCGGGGCGACCGGGCUUAUCGGAUGAGCAGGUCAUUGACUUUGUCGGCAGGUUCAUGCCGGCGUACAAACAGUAUAGCAAGCCGCUAUAUGAGAGAGAAACCCCGUUGUUUCCAAAGCACGAACUCCAUAUUCAGAUCGAUGAGAACCGGAAACCUAUCCAUCCAUCGGUUUAAGCUGAUCCUGGCGGUGGUCUAGCACUUGAUGUAUGUUGCAAUCCGAUGAUCUCUAUGAUGGCUAGAGAGCCCUCGCGAGGUGAAGCCAAAAACGAUGAAGGAAACGACCUGGGUGGGAAAAUUCAUGGGUUAGGUUAAUCAGGAUCAGGAUAUUAAUAUGGGCCUGCACGCAGCCCUCCUCACGGCUCUGUUCAUAACAACGUCAAAAAGUAUUUCAUUCAAAGUCUGUCCCAGAAAAAAGAAAAUGCAGCCGCGACCUUCUCCUCGGACUAGAUGAAA